AUGAUGCUCGGUUACGCUCCGGUAGUAGUUCAUCAUUUCGUCCACCUGAACCACAAUAACGAACCAAGAUCCAUUUUGGUGUCGCCGUCGCCGUCGCCUGAGACAUCAUGUGGCCGUCUAUAAGGCACCGAUCUCUAGGUUUCUCUUCCGAAGCUAUUCAUCAAUGGAAGUCAGAUCUUAAUCGAUCGUUUUGUUCGUCUAUAGUUAACGCUACAAACGGCAAUGGAAAGAGUGGUAACGUUGUCGAAUUACUCAACUUAGAAGAGGUCGAGAAGAUUCUCAGAGAUGUGCGAGCUGAUGAUGUGAGAGUUAUACCUGUUAAAAAGCAAUCGGAGUUUGCGAAUUUCGUCGUUGUUGCCACUGGUAAGUCUCAGUGGCAUGUUCGCAAUAUCGCUCAAGCCCUAAUUUACAAGGUGAAGCAAAAACAACCGGGAGCCAAGAGAAUGUUGUUGCCAAGUGUAGAAGGGCAAGAAGGAGGAAACUGGAUUGUCAUUGACUCAGGUUCAUUGAUAGUUCAUGCCUUUGAUGAGAAAGCCAGGGCUUAUUACAACUUGGAGCAGCUGUGGACCUCAAAGGAGUCGAGUAAAGAACAAAGUCAAAGUCCGGACUUGGAUCAAGCUUUUGUGAAGGUACGCCGCAAGAAUAACUCCAAGAAACCGGCAAAGGGAUGAACCACGUGCUUGCUUAUAUGGUAGCCAACCUCUCUUGAUGGGUAAAAAUCUCUUGGCCCAAAUUCUUUUGUCCACCAAUCACAUGAAUACAUGAGAGAGAAUGUGAACAUGAAUUAUACAGAUUUGUAACAGAUAAAAGUUUGAAGUGUUUUAAUUUCAUUGGUGGGACAAAAAUGAGACAUACGACUUGUAAAUUUACAUGGACUUCUUUCCUUGUAGAGAAACCAAUUAUCCUGUUUCGUGAUUUGUACCAUAAUAAAUUGAACGUUCAGUUUU